AUGGUUACUGCAAAUGAUACUCAAGAAGAAUCUGACAGAAAUAGCUCUAUUCUAAUGGAUAUUAUUCCUGUUAAGGCAAUUAUCCUAUUAAGCAACUAUGGAAAAAAUAUACCAAUUGACACCAAAAAUUCUGCUUAUAAAAGAUGUCUAACUAAACAUGAAGAAACAAAUAUGUCAACUAACAAGGAGCUUAAGACUAGUCAAAAAAUACAAGCAUAUAUUCAAAGAAGAGCAGAACAAAUUAUAAAUGAGCAAAUGAAAAUGCUAACCAGCCUUCUGGAAUGGCCAUUUCACAAAGUAGUUUUGGAUAGAGUACUAGUACAAAAUCAAGACCAAAAAACAUUAUUAAAUAAUCCUGUAGAAGUUUUAGAAGAAGUGCAAGCCCACUUCUAA